UUUCUCUCCCAGUCUUUUCUAAAUAUGAAAUUAAAUUCCAUUACCUUAAUUUUCUUACAUGAAGAUGUUUUCAAACUCAUCUUUAGAAAAGUAUAAAGUAAUGCUCCAUCAAUUAUCGCCACCUUUCAUUUCCGAGACAUUUCAAAAACAGACCUUUGGCAGAGCUCUCAGCGUCAACAACUGGAUCGGCUUUACUGAUUUUAUUCGCAAUUUUGCAAGCAUAGCUAACCAAUUAGAAUGUUCUAUGUUUAUUGUGUCCUGCUGCAGAACACGUGCAAAGCAGUUUGAUCUCUUUAAAGAAACCUUGCUGUUGUGGACAAUCAUCAUUUAUCAGCUGUGCAGAUUAAUCGAUCUGCCUAGGGCUUUCUCUGAAACCACCAACCCUAAGAAGCUGCCUAGUCUAACUAGUCGGAAAUUCACCAAUGGCCUCGAUUCUGAUUAUUCUUAA